AUGCUACAUCGACCUACUCUCAUGCCUCCAUCAAUGAGAUCAUCUUCAAAAUUCAAAUUAUCUACUAAUUCACAACAUUCAUCUCAAUCGAUUAAAAUAGAAAAUUGUCUUGAUUUUAACGGUGGUGAGACGGGUAUUGUUGGACCUACAGAUCCAGAUGAAGAUCGUAUGAAACAGGAAGAUACAACAUAUGAUGUAGUAUUAAAAAAAGAACAGGAAGAUUAUACGGAAGAAGAUUACAAUGAGAAUGAUGAAGAUAUGAAUUCAAAUGAAUCUCAUAUAAAAAGUGAAUUUCACAUCCCAGUGUCGAAUAUUAAAUUGGAUGAACCCACUGGAAAUGAAACUGCAGUCACCGUAACCACAGAUUCAGUUAAACCUAUUGAAAUUUUACCUCUGAAUGAUGCCAUUCAGAAUUUACUAACAUGUAUACCACAUGGUGCUGCCACUAUACAGAAUGUUCCACUUCAACCUAUACUGUCGAGUAAAGUGAAUGGGUCGGGGAGUGUGCAAAUGCCGAAUGUUGUUUCCAAUGCAUUGCCUACAUUGUGGCUUCAUUCUCCUGUUGUGAAUUCAACAGGAAUGAGUAUGCCUAAUGUGACUAGUGUGACAGAUUUGACGAGUAAUAUUGUACAGAAUACUGCGAAUGCACUGAAUCCACUUGUUGCUGCUGUGCUUGUGAAUUGUGCCACAGUGAACAUGAUAAGUCAGUUAGCUGGAUCAAUGUGUACUCCGAUCGUGAACAGUAGUGUGAUGGAUGGUAAUGUUAAUGGUAUUAAUGUGAACAAUAAUAAUAACCACACUACUAUUAAUGGUAGUGUUAGUAGUGGUAAUGUUGGUGUUGGUUGUGGUGGUGUUGGUGUUGGUAUUAAUGGUGGUGUCAGUGGUGUCAACACUGUAAUAAUCCCUACAGCAUCAUUACUUCCUAAUUUGUUAUCUGCUAUUCCGUUAUCUACGUAUAUAUCGGGAUUAGAACUGAAUACAUCUGGAGGUAUAAUUACUUCACCAAAUAAUUUGUGUGAUGUUGGUGUUGCCAGUACAGUUGUCUCGUCUGCUAAAACUCUCAAUACGAACAAUAAUAAUAAUAAUGGUAUAAUUGUGACACCAUUGAAUGUUGAGAAUAUUACUAUUUCACUGUCAUCGGGUAGAAAUCAAGCUGAACGUAAUAAUUUAGUAUAUAAUAAUAGAAAAUUCGAUGUAAACGAUUCAAUGGAGAAUGAUAUUAAAACAAAUAAUAAUAAUAGCUUAACACUUACAGAUACUGAAUCAUCUAUGGUAGUUCCCUUUCCCAAAGAUUCAUCCAGUAUUAAGUCUUCUACAGAAUUGAGGAAGUAUCAUUGUAUAUAUCCAGAAUGUAGCAAAUCUUACACAAGACGAUAUCGUUUGAACCUACACAUAUCAACACAUACUGGUACUGGUCCGAUAUCUUGUGAUGCACCGAACUGCAGUAUGAGAUACUUUUCAGAGGAGGAUUUAAAAAGACAUAAACUAUGUAAACAUUCAUCAGCCAAUAAAGAUUCGCGUCAUCAACAAGCUUGUACAAUUCCUGAAUGCGACGGAUCCUAUUCAGAGAAACAUUCCGAAAUAACUACUUUUUCUUCAAAUGUGCUACCUGAAUCAACUGAACCAGUGGAAACGAGGAAUGCAACAUCAAUAACACCGAAUAUUCAGAAAAAUCGUACUCUCCCACUUAUUGCACCAAAAUCAACUAUAUCUCUUCCUACAAAUUUGAUUUUUCGAAAUGUUUGUACAUAUCCUGGAUGUGGUAAAUCUUAUUCAUCAUACACCAAACUGAAGUUACAUUUAAGAUCCCAUAAAUGUGAAAAAUACUACGUUUGUCGAAAACCUGGUUGUAAUGCUACAUUUACUCAAUUGUCUGGAGUCCGAUCUCACGAACUAUCACAUAUAUCCAUCCAUAAAAGUUCCGAACGAUUGGAUCAAUAUCCUAUCAAUGUAAACGAUUCAAUGGAGAAUGUUAUUAAAACAACUAAUAAUAAUAGCUUAACACUUACAGAUACUGAAUCAUCUGUGGUAGUUCCCUUUCCCAAAGAUUCAUCCAGUAUUAAAUCUGCUACAGAAUUGAGGAAGUAUCAUUGUACAUAUCCAGAAUGUAACAAAUCUUACACAAGACGAUAUCGUUUGAACCUACACAAAUCAACACAUACUGGUACUGGUCCGAUAUCUUGUGAUGCACCGAACUGCAGUAUGAGAUACUUUUCAGAGGAGGAUUUAAAAAGACAUAAACUAUGUAAACAUUCAUCAGCCAAUAAAGAUUCGCGUCAUCAACAUACUUGUACGUUUCCUGGAUGCAGUAGAUCCUAUUCAGAGAAACAUUCCGAAAUAACUACUUUUUCUUCAAAUGUGCUACCUGAAUCAACUGAACCAGUGGAAACGAGGAAUGCAACAUCAAUAACACCGAAUAUUCAGAAAAAUCGUACUCUCCCACUUAUUGCACCAAAAUCAACUAUAUCUCUUCCUACAAAUUUGAUUUUUCGAAAUGUUUGUACAUAUCCUGGAUGUGGUAAAUCUUAUUCAUCAUACACCAAACUGAAGUUACAUUUAAGAUCCCAUAAAUGUGAAAAAUACUACGUUUGUCGAAAACCUGGUUGUAAUGCUACAUUUACUCAAUUGUCUGGAGUCCGAUCUCACGAACUAUCACAUAUAUCCAUCCAUAAAAGUUCCGAACGAUUGGAUCAAUAUCCUAUCAAUGUAAACGAUUCAAUGGAGAAUGUUAUUAAAACAACUAAUAAUAAUAGCUUAACACUUACAGAUACUGAAUCAUCUGUGGUAGUUCCCUUUCCCAAAGAUUCAUCCAGUAUUAAAUCUGCUACAGAAUUGAGGAAGUAUCAUUGUACAUAUCCAGAAUGUAACAAAUCUUACACAAGACGAUAUCGUUUGAACCUACACAAAUCAACACAUACUGGUACUGGUCCGAUAUCUUGUGAUGCACCGAACUGCAGUAUGAGAUACUUUUCAGAGGAGGAUUUAAAAAGACAUAAACUAUGUAAACAUUCAUCAGCCAAUAAAGAUUCGCGUCAUCAACAUACUUGUACGUUUCCUGGAUGCAGUAGAUCCUAUUCAGAGAAACAUUCCGAAAUAACUACUUUUUCUUCAAAUGUGCUACCUGAAUCAACUGAACCAGUGGAAACGAGGAAUGCAACAUCAAUAACACCGAAUAUUCAGAAAAAUCGUACUCUCCCACUUAUUGCACCAAAAUCAACUAUAUCUCUUCCUACAAAUUUGAUUUUUCGAAAUGUUUGUACAUAUCCUGGAUGUGGUAAAUCUUAUUCAUCAUACACCAAACUGAAGUUACAUUUAAGAUCCCAUAAAUGUGAAAAAUACUACGUUUGUCGAAAACCUGGUUGUAAUGCUACAUUUACUCAAUUGUCUGGAGUCCGAUCUCACGAACUAUCACAUAUAUCCAUCCAUAAAAGUUCCGAACGAUUGGAUCAAUAUCCUAUCAAUGUAAACGAUUCAAUGGAGAAUGUUAUUAAAACAACUAAUAAUAAUAGCUUAACACUUACAGAUACUGAAUCAUCUGUGGUAGUUCCCUUUCCCAAAGAUUCAUCCAGUAUUAAAUCUGCUACAGAAUUGAGGAAGUAUCAUUGUACAUAUCCAGAAUGUAACAAAUCUUACACAAGACGAUAUCGUUUGAACCUACACAAAUCAACACAUACUGGUACUGGUCCGAUAUCUUGUGAUGCACCGAACUGCAGUAUGAGAUACUUUUCAGAGGAGGAUUUAAAAAGACAUAAAUUUUCUCAACAUUCAUCAGCCGAUAAGGAUCCGCGUCGUCGACAUACUUGUACGUUUCCUGGAUGCAGUAGAUCCUAUUCAGAGUUGAAUAAACUCAAAGAACAUUUGAGAACACAUACUGGUGAAAGGCCUUACGUUUGUCGAAAACCUGGUUGUGGUGCUACUUUCGCACGACUAUCCGGUGUUAAGUCUCAUGAAAUAACCCAUGUAUACGUCCGUAAACGUUCUAAACGACUGGCACAAUAUCCUAUUUCUAUGAUUGGUAACAUAUUCGGAACAAGUCUUGAUAAUUAUCAACUAGGAUUGAAUAAUCAGAGUAAUUCUGAAAUAACUACUAUUUCACCAGAUAUGCUACUUAAAUCAACAGAAUCAAUGGAACUUACAAGUGA